GCUCAGAUCCGCUGCCUCGGCCCGCGGUGCGUCCAGAAGGGGCGGCACCACCUGGAAGCCCCUGGAGGCACCCCUGCCGAGCAUGGGGUCAUCCGCGUCCAAAGCAGCCCUCGCGGCCACCACGGAAGAGCCCAUGGAGCCGGGGCCUAAACAUCUGGCGGAUCUAACACAGUACAUCAACGAAACCCACAUGAGCGUGGCACAUCUGGCCGACAUCCUGUCUAAGAAAACGGGCAGCAGCAGCUGGGUGGUUGUGUUCAAGGCCUUAGUGACGGUGCACCACCUGAUGGUGCAUGGGAACGAGCGUUUUAUCCGACAUCUUGCAGCUAGACACUCUUUGUUCACUUUACACAACUUCCUGGAUAAAAGUGUCGGAGAAGGCUACGCCAUGUCCAUCUUCAUCAGACGAUACAGCAGGUACCUGAAUGAAAGGUCGCUGGCAUACAGACAGAUCGCAUGUGACAUCACCAAAGUCAAGAGAGGGGCGAGCGGCGUGAUGAGAAACAUGGACACGGACAGGCUGCUGCACACGCUUCCCGUCAUUCAGACGCAGCUCGACGCUCUGCUCAGCUUUGCGGCCGACCCAGACGAGCUCAGGAACGGCAUCGUCCGUGCCGCCUUCCGGCUGCUCCUCAAGGACUCGCUCCGCCUCUUUGCCGCCUACAACGAGGGCAUGUUGAAUCUGCUAGGCAAGUACUUCGACAUGCGGAGGAGCCAGUGCAGGGAGAGCCUGGAGCUCUACGCCAAGUUCCUGGCAAGGACCGCCAAGCUGACGCGCUUCCUGAGGGUGGCGGAGCAAGUUGGAAUCGACCGGAACAGCAUCCCACAUCUCACACAGGCGCCCUGCAGUUUACUUGAAGCCCUACAACAGCAUUUAGCGUCUUUGGAAGAGAAAAAGGACUUUUUGUGUCCCUGUGGUCUCCAGCACACAGUGACCCUGUCCAUCCCAUAUCGCCCCACUGGCAACGCAUGUGCCAGGAGAACUUGGUUUGCAGAUUAUUUUCCCUACACGAUCUUCACCCUUCCAAGCCCACAAGCCUGCUGGAGCAGAGCAGCAAAAUACGGGGCCAGCAUAGAGACGGAUGCUAGUGGAGGGACGAACUGGCAGCUGAGCACCUGUGCCUCCACGUCAGCCAUCUGGACUUCCGUCUCUGGCCCCCCUUCUCCGCACACGGUAACAUCUACCAUGGCCUUUCCUCCCUUGAUGUCACCGCAGUCCCUGGUUUCUUCCCCCCCAGGCUUAAUGGCUGACGAGCUCGAGCUCACUGCAUGGGCAGGACAGCAGAGCCAAUCCAUGUAGAAGACCAAAGAAAAACAUUGAGAGCCAGAUGUGGCAGGAAGUGAAGACCUCUCUUCAACUGAACCAUCCAUGGGCCAAGUGAAAUAAAGAUUCGUUCAC